AAGGAAGAACUUAUCAAGUUUAAAAGUAAAUAUCAAUACAUUUAAGAAGUGGACUGCAAUGAAGUAAUAAAUUAUUUUAUCAAUAAAAAAGACUUGAAAAUGCAACAUAUCAAAUGUGUUGUAGUCGGCGAUGGCAAUGUUGGGAAAACGUGCUUAUUGAUUUGCUAUUCAACUAAUACUUUCAAUGAUGAUUAUACUCCAACAAUAUUUGAUAAUUAUAAAACAACCGUAAAGGUGAAUGACAUUUAUAUAGAGUUAGGAUUAUGGGAUACAGCAGGUCAAGAAGAUUACGAUCGAUUCCGCCCAUUAUCAUAUCCACAAACGGAUGUAGUUCUUGUAUGUUUUUCACUUGUUCAUCGACCAAGUUUUGAAAAUGUUAUUGGAAGAUGGAUUCCUGAAAUAAGCCACCACCUCCCAGGAAUACCAAUUGUUUUAGUGGGUACAAAACUUGACAUUCGAGAAGACGCAGAACCAAAUAAAUCAAAACAUUUUGAUAACAAAAAUCAUCCUGUGUCAUUCAGUGAAGGACAAUCUUUGGCCAAAAAAAUAGAUGCCGUAAAAUAUUUAGAAUGUUCAGCAAAAACCCAGGAAGGGCUGAAUUUGGUGUUUGAAGUGGCUAUAAAGGCUGUGUUAUCUCCAUAUGAGCACAAACACAAACGCAGACCGUGUGUUUUGUUGUGAAACGUGUUCAGCAUAACACAAUGUUUUAUAUGAUUGUACACAGCAUUUAAAAAUAUAAUAUCAAAAAUUAACUGAUUAAUAAA